GCUGGAAACGGGCUGGUUUAUUUCUCUUGAACCCGGCUGCUUGUCAUGGGGUUUGUGUGCGAGCAAGCGUGUCAGAAUAAAAAGCAUGGCUCUUUUGCACCAUCUAGUAGUCAACCGUACAACAUUGAACGGAACCAAUUGUUUAUGCAUGAGCGUAUGGUAUAAAUCCGGAAGAUGGCGGUCAUAGACAACAGUUUGUGGUUGCGCAAGGUGGCGGCGUUCCACUUAUGAUCGAACGGUGACGUAGUGCUGUAGCACAGAUACAAGGUUGCCAUGUUCGUAGUUUUCUAGUAAAUUGGGAUACUUUGAAAACGUUUUUUGAGCUAUUUCUAAUUUCACCGCGGCCGCCAUGGCAUUUCUCAAAAAAUUCACUCGGAGGUGGUUAAAUAAAUUCGCACGGAGGUGGUUGACUUUGCUUAAAGAAAACGUUAUCAAGCGAAGUGUUUUACGUAUGCUCAGUUAUUGUGUCUCGGGGGCUGCCCGAGUGGAAAUUUGAAAUUAAAGUUAUAGAGCGUCCUCGCGUGGUUCUUUUAUGAAGAAAAGUACUCCAUGAAACGGACAUUAAUUGUGGAGAAUGAUACAUUUGCCUCCGUUGGCUAUCAAGUAGUCUAUUAAUUGAUAUGCCAUUGUAGCCUACUUUAGGCUACCGUUUGAUACAAUAAAUAUUUUGAAAUUAUGAUAUCACUGAUCAUAGGCGGGGUCUUGUUUGAGGACGCAUAGCUCUCGACCUUCGCUUCUCCCGAGUCCGUACGCGAGUUGCAGCGAUGGGAUAAGACUCUAACUACCAAAAACAUCACGGAAUUGGAAAGAAAAAGUCCCCCCCCCCCCCCCCCCCCCCCCCCAAAAAAUGGUCAUUGCAAAUCAAUGUGACCUUGUGUAGCCUACCUGGAGCUGGCAAAGCAAUUUAAUAAACAGCCUAUAACUUCAGUUUGUUGUUGUUGUAAACAUGUGUUGUUAUGCAAUUAUUAAUGGACAUGUUUAGUAAAUUCAAUUAGAAGUCAUCAAAGCUCAAGCAAAAUUGCCCAUCAGUUGUUAGAAUGCAUUAGAUUGAUGGUAACAGUAGUAAGAUUAGGCUAAAAAAUAAACAUAUUCAGUUCAUAUACAGUACCAAUCAAAAGUUAGGACACACAUACUCAUUCAAGGGUUUUUCUUUAUUUCUACUAUUUUCUACAUUGUAGAAUAACAGUGAAGACAUCAAAUCUAUGAAAUAACACAUAUGUAAUCAUGUACAUUUUAGAUAUAGAAUGGAAUCAUAGAUUUGGAAUCAUAUAGAUUUUAGAAUCUUCAAAGUAGCCACCCUUUGCCUUGAUGACAGCUUUUCACUCUCUUGGCAUUCUCUCAACUAGCUUCAUGAGUAAAGCUUUUUCCAACAGUCUUGAAGGAGUUCCCACAUAUGCUGAGCACUUGUUGGCUGCUUUUCCUUCACUCUGCGGUCCAACCAAUAAAGAAAAACCCUGGAAUGAGUAGGUGUGUCCAAACUUUUGACUGGUACUGUACAUAUCAUUAAUAUUUAAUUCGGUGAUUGAAAUGAUGACCCUAUCCUUCGUAGCUUAUUACAGCAGGCUAUUGGGAAACAAGCAUUUCUUACCUCUAAAUCACCUCCCUAUUAAUGUUGAAUUAAUGAGUCUGUUCAUUUUAACUAAACAAGCUGCUAAAUCGUUUAGUUUACAUCUUGCCUACAUCUUGUCUAGGCUACUGUAGACUAUCUGAAAUGAGAUGUAGGUGUCACACCCUGACCGUAGAUAUUUCUGUUUUUCUAUAUAUUUUGGUUAGGUCAGGGUGUGACUAGGGUGGGUACUCUAGUUUUUGUAUGUCUAUGUUUUUUGUAUGUCUAUGUUGGCCUGAUAUGGUUCCCAAUCAGAGACAGCUGUUUAUCGUUGUCUCUGAUUGGGGAUCAUAUUUAGGUUUCCUCAUUUGUGUUGUGGGAUCUUGUCUAUGUAUAGUUGCACAUCAGUAGCGUCACGUUUGGUUUGGUUGUUUGUUUUGUUAGGUGAGUUUCAGUUUAUUAAAAUUAUGUGGAACUCUACUCACGCUGCACCUUGGUCUCAUCAUUAUGACGAACGUGACAGUAGGCCUAUCAGCGGCUAUCUAAGCAAACCAUGGCAAAAUGUAAUUACAAUCAUAAACCCAGAUUUUAGUCUGUAGCCUAUGCCUAUUGAAAUGACAAGUCAAUCUCGCAAAUGGCCGGUUUGUAGUCUUAUCAUCUGGCACAUAAUAACACAAUUGCCAGAAAAUAGCCUAACAUUAAUUUUUUCAAGUUCCUCCAAGUGUUUCUUGCUCAGAGAUUUCGAGAUCCUCUGUCCAACGUUCACCACUCAAACUCCCCUGUUGGAUUUAUCUAUAGUUUUACACAUGUGCAAAAUGGAUUUAUUUACAAUUAUAGGGUACUAGGGGGUAACUAACCCCCCUAAGAACAAUGUCUAAUUGCUGACACAAAAAAGCGAUGUUUCGGGGAAAAAAUUGGUAUGUGAAUGAAGGUCAUGCUUAGGCAAAUUAACUAUAAAGGGAAAUAAAUGGCUAGAGUUUACACUUUUUUUGUUAUUUCAUGAAAUGUUAUUUUUCAAAAAGGGAUUUUUUUUUUUAGUAUCGGGGUAACUGCCCCACCCCCCCUCUUUUUAACUCACCUUUUUCUUUCUUUGCUGUUCCUUUUCCAUACAAUCCAUUAUGUACAAUUGCACUAAAUAUUAUUUGAAUAAUGCAAGAUUUUACAUCCCAGCAGUCUUUAAAAGGACAUUCAGGGACAAACGGUUAUCAAAAGUUGUUUUAAAUUAAUUUAAAAAAAGAUUGUUUGGAAUAUAAUAUUGAAAUGGGAUAUAAAGUUGAAAUCGUUGGGUGUGUCCAAGACUUGCCGUUGCAUCAUGCUUAAAAACAGCCCUUAGCUAUGGUAUAUUGGCCAAAUACCAUAAACCCUUGAGCCUUAAUGCUUAAUAAUAGCAGUCAAACGAGUUACAUUUACAUCCAUUGAUGGAAAAUUGUCUCGUGAGUUUAAUAAGGGCAAAUUAUAUUUUCUCUUGCAACAUAUUCAAAUUGUUUUAUUGCACCAUGUCAUAGCUGGCAGUAAUUAUUAUUUUGAGGAAAACCGAAUUUAGCUUCGAACGUCAUUACAAGUUACUACGAUAUUCCUUCUUAAAUGUCUCGAUAACGUUAUGGGAAAAGGGUUUAUUUUACACACAUGGCAACAUCUCUCUUGCUUUGAAAACGUUUUUUGGCUAGUUUUCAGGCCUUUAGGGCAGGUUUUAACAGUCAUUGUUUUAGAAAUGUCAGCUUGCCUGGCAACCCUGCACAGAUAUAACAAUGAAAAUAGUGGAGUGUGGACGUAGCUACUUUCUGGGGGUUUUGCUAUUUUAUUAUAGGUAGCAAAGUGGACAAAUAUAUCCGUUUCUGUGUAACCUUUUGUGUAUAUGUAUAACCUUUUGAUAAUUUUAGAACAUGCUUUGAAUAUAUUAGUGUGUUCGAGUGGAGCAGUAUGCAUGUCAUGGAACUGUUUUGAACGCCCUAGCUAGCUACAUAGACAAACAACUGGUUUUGAAGUACUACUCGUUCGAGACAACGAUUAAGACGAGGAAAGUCUAUUACGAACAAAGUGUAGCAGAGUGGCAGUGACAAUAUUGCAGUACCAAGGUACACGGGGGGACCUUGAGUGGUGUCUGAGUAUGCCACACACGUAACUCCACAGAGUUCCUGAGCAACGCCGCGGGAGGAGAGAUCUGUCAACUGGGCAGCUGAGACAUGACGUGGACAUUUCAUCCGACAGAUUGGUUCAAAUGUCAUAGCCAACGUGUAUUGUUUUGUUCUUUGAGGAAAGAGGUUGGAGAGGUAUCCCGAAGUAGCGGGGUGGGAGGGAACGAAUUAACCAGGUCACUGUUCUACUUGGCUGCUGUGAGGGUGCUCAGGGCUGUGACUGGUGAGCAGUGAGACUUCUCCACCCCAGACAGACGGACGGAGUGCCUCUGUCCGGUGCCCCUCCUCCUUUUCAUGGAUGCCAGGCUGGUCCUGCUGCAGCUUUGGACUCUCCUCGGUCUCCUGUCCUUAGCACUGGAGUUGACUGCUGAACAGACCGCUGCCGAGGAGGUCUACACUAACACCUGGGCGGUCCACAUAGAGGGAGGACCACAAGAGGCUGACCGCAUCGCCAGGAAACAUGGUUUCAUAAACCACGGCAAUGUGUUUGGGAGUUAUUAUCACUUCCGGCAUCACACUGUGGUAAAGAGAUCCCUAUCAGGCCACAGGGGAACACAUGUACGACUACAGAAGGAACCACAGGUGCGGUGGGCGGAGCAGCAGGUGUCUAGGCGGAGGAAGAAGAGGGAUGUCUACACCGAACCAUCCGACCCCAAAUUCCCCCAGCAGUGGUACCUGGUGAGCAAGUCCAACCCCAGCCAAGCAGACCUGAAUGCCAAGGGAGCGUGGUCCCAGGGUUACACUGGGAGAGGAGUUGUGGUCACCAUCCUGGAUGACGGCAUAGAGAAAGACCACCCAGACCUGGCCACCAACUAUGACCCUGAGGCCAGCUAUGAUGUCAACGAUGGAGACUCUGACCCCCAGCCACGCUACACACAGCGCAACGAGAACAGACAUGGAACACGGUGUGCUGGGGAGGUUGCUGCAGCCGCCAACAACAACGUAUGUGGGGUGGGAGUGGCAUACAACACCAAAAUUGGAGGUGUGCGUAUGCUGGACGGGGAGGUGACAGACAUGGUGGAGGCCCACUCCCUCAGCCUGAACUCACAGCACAUCCACAUCUACAGCGCCAGCUGGGGCCCAGAGGAUGAUGGGAAGACGGUAGAUGGCCCCGCCAAGCUAGCCAAGGAGGCCUUCCUCCGAGGAGUCACUGAGGGCCGAGGCGGGCUGGGCUCCAUCUUUGUGUGGGCAUCGGGGAAUGGUGGUCGUGAGAAGGACAGCUGUAACUGUGAUGGUUACACCAACAGCAUCUACACCCUAUCCAUCAGCAGCACCACCCAGUAUGGCAUGGUACCCUGGUACAGCGAGGCCUGCUCCUCCACCCUCGCCACCACCUUCAGCUCUGGAAACCCCAACGAGAAACAGAUAGUGACUACAGACCUGAGACAGAAGUGUACAGACUCCCACACGGGGACGUCAGCCUCAGCCCCCCUGGCUGCUGGGAUCAUCGCACUGGCUCUGGAAGCCAAUAUGAACCUGACAUGGAGGGACAUGCAGCACCUGGUGGUGAGAAGCUCUCACCCCGCCCACCUCAGCACGGACGACUGGAGUACCAAUGGAGUGGGCCGCAGAGUGAGUCAUUCGUAUGGGUAUGGUCUGCUGGAUGCGGGGGCCAUGGUGGCCCUGGCUCAGAACUGGACAAGUGUGGGCCCACAGCACCAGUGUGUUCUCACCAUGCUCUCAGAGCCCAGGGACAUAAGCAGCCGGCUGCUGUUCAGUAAGACAUUGGACGCCUGCUGGGGCAAACCAGAGUAUGUCAGCUCUCUGGAGCACGUCCAGGCCCGCCUCACUCUCUCCUACAACCACAGAGGAAACCUGGCUAUACACCUCAUCAGCCCCCUAGGGACACGCUCUACCCUGCUGGCACCCAGGCCUAAAGACUACUCAUCAGAGGGAUUUAAUGACUGGGCCUUCAUGACCACCCACUCGUGGGAUGAGGACCCUCGAGGGGAGUGGACCCUGGAGAUAGAGAACGUCUCAGAACAAGGGCACGACUAUGAGCCCCAGGACCAGCUUGCGUAUGGGAACUCUUCUCCAGGUUCAUCUCUCUGUGUGUUGAGUCAGUUUACUCUGAUCCUGUACGGUACGGGCUCCAGCUCCAUUAACGCCUUGUCUCCUGACUUCCCCCGGCCGUCCAACAACAGUUGCAAGACCUUCGACGCCCAGCAGAUCUGCAUAGAGUGUAGCCCAGGCUUCUCCCUGUUCCUGCAGGGUUGUGUGAAGCUCUGCCCCCCCGGCUUCACCUCAGGCCCCCAGCUCCUCAACCUGUCCCUGGACAACUGGGUGGACUUGUCCUCCGUCCAGGCCUGCCUGCCCUGCCAUCCUGCCUGCCUCACCUGCUCCGGACCCAGGCCCAACGACUGCCUCUCCUGUCCCCCUCACAGUCACCUGGUCCUCACCGCCUGCCUACACCAGAACCAAGUACAGCGCAAGUCCCCAACCGGCCAAGUCCUCCAGGGAGAGGGGAGUGGACCAGGGGAGAGCCCAGUGGGGUCAGAGCAGGGGGGAGAGGGAGAGCCUCCAGGGCCUAACCUGGGCCUGUCCUCCCCUCUGGUUACCCUGCUUGCAGUGCUCAGCUGUGCCUUCAUCUUGGCAGCCUUCGCUGGGGUUUUCCUCCUGAUGCAGCUGCGCUCUGGUUGCGCCCCCUGGGCCCGAAGGACCAAACUGCACUCUGUGGAAACUGGGGGUGGGGCCUCGGGGGGCAUCCGUGUGGGCUUUGGCUUCGGCCUGGGGCUGGGCUGGGAAAGGCAGGGCAUGGUGUCUUAUAAGGGGAUCCCCACUGUGUGGAGGGCGGAGGACCAGGUAACACUGGGGGGCUCUGAAUCGGACAGCGAGGAGCUAGACUGCCACAGUGAGAGGACAGCCUUUAUCAGGACACAGAGCUCCCUCUAGCCCCCUCUCUGACCCCUACAUCUGGGGGAAACUCUCUUCAGAGGGGUUGGUCUCUCCGGCCCCUUCCUCUGCUGGAGCUUAUGGGUCUGUGGUUUAGGUCUGGCUCAGGCCUCGUCCCUUGCUGAGACUGAUACACAGAGAUGCUGAUCCAGGGAUGUGAUGGCAGCCCAGCAAGCACCUCCAGGUCCACUGAUUCACCCUCAAGCAUUAGUCAACAGAAAAUGUUUUAAUUCUAUAAGUACCAUAUUUUAUUGUAUAUUAUUUUCCUUUGCUUUUAAAGACUUAAAUAAGAUUAUUCCCCUGGCCCAAGGGUAAAGGGAAACUACAGUUUCUGAAUUGAGUUGGGGAUCCAUAGUUUUCGCUAAUGUUUCUCAUUGACCUUAUUUUUGUUGCGGUAUACACAUGGCCCUGAGCCUCGGUCCUAAUAUGAGCAGGCAUGGGAAGAGAUCAGCAUACAUGCGCGUGUAUGUGUGACUGUGACUUUGUACACAAGAGCUAAAUAGUCGCCCAACACAGUUUCUGAGUGGAUGAAGAACACAGCAGGGUUUAUUUAAUGUACAACAGAGAGAGAAAGAGAAAGUUUGGAUUUGUAAAUUAGAUUCUCUCUGUGAUAAACACCUUCUGAUUAAACUUUUUCCUACUGCUUGUUCUUUGAGAGCUUCCUACUCUGCUCUAUAAUCAGUGGGCUGCUGCACUUCUUCAGCAGCUAAUACAACCCCACUAUACACUGAGUGUACAAAACAUUAAGAACCCUUCCUAAUAUUGAGUUCUACAAGGUGUCGAAACUGUUCCACAGGGAUGCUGUCCCAUGUUGACUCCAAUGCUUUCCACAGUUGUUUCAAGUUGGCUGGAUGGCUUUUGGGUGGUGGACCAUUCUUGAUACACACAGAAACUGUUAAGCAUGAAAAACCCAGCAGCGUUGCAGUUCUUAGCACAAACUGUUGCGCCUGGCACAUACUGCCACACCCCGUUCAAAGGCACUUCAAUAUUUUGUCUUGCCCAUUCACCCUCUGAAUGGCACACAUACACCAUCCAUGUCUCAAAUGUCUCAAGGUUUAAAAAAAUAUUUAUAUAACCUGUCUCCUCCCCUUCAUCUACACUGAUUGAAGGGGAUUUAGUGGCAUCAAUAACGGAUCAUAGCUUUCACCUGGAUUCACCUGGUCAGUCUAUGUCAUGGAAAAAGCAAGUGUAGAAACAUCAGAAAUGCAGCACAGACUCUUUUGGAGUAGUCUUCAGGGUUUGAUAACUAUUGAGCUUUAGUUUAGAAAUAUUGUCCACAACAGCUUAAUAGCACUGAAUACCAAUAUAGGCAACUGUUGAAAGGCAAAAGUCCUAGCAGUGUGGUAGUUUGUUGGACAUAAGCAGAAAGCCCAUGCAUCAAUCAGCAAACACACACCCUGUAGAACAAGUGGGAGGAGGGAUGGCAGAUUAUAUUAGUAAGCCACUUGAUUAUAUUGGCACACUGGUUUACCUAUAGAGGGAUUUACCAACCCUGCGGUAAUGUGUGUUGCCAUCUUUCUAAAAAAGCACUUAACCCAAAAAGCUAUUUGACCUUCUCAACAUUUCUCUAUUCUCUUGUUUUUGGCAAGAAAUUACAUCAUAUUGUCUUCAUUCUCCCUCUGGAGGCUGUAUUGAUUUUCAGGGUUUCUUUCACCGCCAAGUCUUUAUCAGUGGAAAGAAGAGAAUAGCGUUCUCUUGUUAUUGCACACUUCACACACUUUGACAAGCAAAUGUAUUGGCUUGCUGGUAUUUUUCACCUUGGCAGACAUGCAUUAUUAAGUUAUUGGUAUUAUCUUGUAUUUUUAAGAACAUACAGUACCAGUCAAAAGUUUGGACACAACUACUCAUUCCAGGGUUUUUCUUUAUUUUUACCAUUUUCUACAUUGUAGAAUAAUAGUGAAAACAUCAAAACUAUGAAAUAACACAUAUGGAAUCAUGUAGUAACCAAAAAAGUGUUAAACAAAUUUUAGAUUCUUCAAAGUAGCCACCCUUUGCCUUGAUGACAGCUUUGUACACUCUUGGUAUUCUCUCAACCAGCUUCAUGAGGUAAUGUAAUGCAUUUGAGCCAAUCAGUUGUGUUGUGACAAGGUAAGGGUGGUAUACAGAAGAUAACCCUAUUUGGUAAAAGACCAAGUCCAUAUUAUGGCAAGAACUGCUCAAAUAAGCAAAAAGAAACGACAGUCCAUCCUUACUUUAAGACAUGGUCAGUCAAUCUGGGAAAUUUCAAGAACUUUGAAAGUUUCUUCAAGUGCAGUCGCAAAAAACAUCAAGAGCUAUGAUGAAACUAGCUCUCAUGAGGACUGCCACAGGAAAGGAAGACCCAGAGUUACCUCUGUAGCAGAGGAUAAGUUCAUUUGAGUUACCAGACUCAGAAAUCGACAAUUAACUGCACAUCAGAAUGCACCUCACAGUUCAAGUAACAGACACAUCUCAACAUCCACUGUUCAGAGGAGACUGCGUAAAUCAGGCCUUCGUGGUCGAAUUGUGGUAAAGAAACCACUACUAAAGGACAGCAAUAAGAAGAAAAGACUUGCUUGGGCCAAGAAACACGAGCAAUGUACAUUAGACCGGUGGAAAUCUGUCCUUUGGUCUGAUACGCCAUCCCAUCUGAUUUCUGAUACGCCAUCCCAUCUGAUCGCUUAGUGGGACUAUCAUUUGUUUUUCAACAACAGGACAAUGACCCAAAACACAACUCCAGGCUGUGUAAGGGCUGCAUCAGAUGACCUGGCCUCCACAAUCCACCGACCUCAACCCAAUUGAGAUGGUUUGGGAUGAGUUGGACCGCAGAGUGAAGGAAAAGCAGCCAACAAGUGCUCAGCAUAUGUGGGAACUCCUUCAAGACUGUUGGAAAAGCAUUCCAGGUGACUACCUCAUGAAGCUGAUUGAGAGAAUGCAAAGCGGUCAUCAAGGCAAAGUGUGGCUACUGUGAAGAAUCUAAAAUGUAUUUGAUUUGUUUAACACUUUUUUGGUAACUACAUGAUUCCAUAUGUUUUAUUUCAUAGUUUUGAUGUCUUCACUAUUAUUCUACAAUGUAGAAAAUAUUUAAAAAAUAAAGAAAAACCAUUGAAUGAGUAGGUGUGUCCAAACUUUUGACUGGUAAUGUUCAGUUGAAGUCGGAAGUUUGCAUACACCUUAGCCAAAUACAUUUAAACUCAGUUUUUCACAACUACUGAAAUUUAAUUAGAGUAAAAAUUGCAUGUCUUAGGCCAGUUAGGAUCGCCACUUUAUUUUAAGAAUGUGAAAUGUCAGAAUAAUACUAGAGAGAAUGAUUUAUUUCAGCUUUUAUUUCUUUCAUCACAUUUCCAGUGGGUCAGAAGUUUACAUACAGUCAAUUAGUAUUUGGUAGCAUUGCCUUUAAAUUGUUUAACUUCGGUCAAACGUUUCGGGUAGCCUUCCACAAGCUUCCCACAAUAAGUUGGGUGAAUUUUGGCCAUUCCUCCUGACAGAGCUGGUGUAACUGAGCCAGGUUUGUAGGCCUCCUUGCUCGCACGUGCUUUUCAGUUCUGCCUACAAAUUUUCUAUAGGAUUGAGGUCAGGGCCUUGUGAUGGCCACUCCAAUACCUUGACUUUGUUGUCCUUAAGCCAUUUUGCCACAACUUUGGAAGUAUGCUUGGGGUCAUUGUCCAUUCGGAAGACCCAUUUGCGACCAAACUUUAACUUUGUGACUGAUGUCUUGAGAUAUUGCUUCAAUAUAUCCACAUAAUUGUCCUCCCUCAUGAUGCCAUCUAUUUUGUGAAGUGCACCAGUCCCUCCUGCAGCAAAGCACCCCCACAACAUGAUGCUGCCACCCCCGUGAUUCACGGUUGGGAUGGUAUUCUUUGGCUUGCAAGCCUCCCCCAUUUUCCUCCAAACAUAACAAUAGUCAUUAUGGCCAAACAGUUCUAUUUUUGUAUCCUCAGACCAGAGGACAUUUCUCCAAAAGUACGAUAUUUGUCCCUAUGUGCAGUUGCAAACCGUAGUCUGGCUUUUUUAUGGCGGUUUUGGAGCAGUGGCUUCUUCCUUGCUGAGCGGCCUUUCAGGUUAUGUCGAUAUAGGACUCGUUUUUACUGUGGAUACAAAUACUUUUGUACCUGUUUCCUCCAGCAUCUUCACAAGGUCCUUUGCUGUUGUUCUGGGGUUGAUUUGCACUUUUCACACCAAUGUACAUUCAUCUCGAGGAGACAGAACGUGUCUCCUUCCUGAGCGCUAUGACGGCUGCGUGGUCCCAUGGUGUUUAUACUUGCGUACUAUUGUUUGUACAAAUGAACGUUGUACAUUCAGGCAUUUGGAAAUUGCUCCCAAGGAUGAACCAGACUUGCGGAGGUCUACAUUUUUUUCUGAGGUCUUGGCUAAUUUCUUGAUUUCCCAUGAUGUCAAGCAAAGAGGCACUGCGUUUGAAGGUAGGCCUUGAAAUACAUCCACAGGUACACCUCCAAUUGACACAAAUGAUGUCAAUUGGCCUAUCAGAAGCUUCUAAAGCCAUGACAUAAUUUUCUGGAAUUUUACAAGCUGUUUAAAGGCACAGUCAACUUAGUGUAUGUAAACUGUAUGUAAAAUUGUGAUAUAGUGAAUUAUAAGUGAAAUAAUCUGUAAACAAUUGUUGGAAAAAUUACUUGUGUCAUGCACAAAGUAGAUAACCUAACCGACUUGCCAAAACUAUGGUUCGUUAGCAAGAAAUUUGUGGAGUGGUUGAAAAACGAGUUUUAAUGACUCCGACCUAAGUGUAUGUAAACUUCCGACUUCAACUGUAUAUUCUGAACUCGUCGAAUCAAUCAUGCCGAUACAAUCAAGGUUAUAACAUAUUUUAAAUAGAUCAUAUUGGAUUGUAUUUUAUAUUAUUUUUUAAUUUUUUAUCCUUUUUUAUUUGACUGAUGGUUGAUGUCAAUAUUGUGGGGAUAAAUGUCAUGCUGAAAUAAAAUGACUUUGGGAGGUCAUGUGAAAUGAGA